GCGUUUAGGACAACCUUUGAAUUCGUCGAGUCUUCGGCUGUAUAUGACACAGAUUUUUUAUCCAGUAUCCGAUCAUACCUUCGUUGAUAUUUCAAGCACAUUGGCCUACCGGAGUUUACCUGUGCCCACCUUUACACAUCCCCAAGCUUAGGAGGAAGCGAAGUCGAAAGAGGCAGAACUGGAAAACAGCGAAAUAGUGGGAGAGUACCUGCGUACUAGGUAGCCUAUAACUUUGAAGAAAGCGGAAAGCGGAUUCGUCGAGUAGGGAAACAGUUAUGCACUCCUAGAAUUGUGCGUGGCCACCUUGCUUUUGAUAUAAAGAUCCUUCCUGUGCCGACUCGAUAGAACGUUUCUGAAAGAUAGCGGGCAGCCAAAAGUAGACCAUGCCUCGAGCCUUCCUUGUGAAAAAGGCAAGUAUUUCUCCAGGUAAACGGAACUGGAGCGAAGUGGCCGACCAUGAGAGAGGAGACAUCUAUAUUCCAGCAUCUACGGCACCUCCUUUGUUUUCCGAGGAGACCGAGGCCAGUCCUGCUGAGUCUGCCUUGUGCCUCGCCAUACAAAAGGAUCAUAUCCUGAAAACCCAAACCCAGAUCCUCACACGUGAAUACCAUCCCCUGGUUGCUAGAGCGGAACUGCCCUCCUCAACUGUUCUGGGGCGAGCCUCCAGCCCUGAGCCGGAAACCAGCAAAAAGACAGCCAGUAGCAGUUACAUUCGCUCUAAAAUUAAGGUGACUACAGGCAAGCUUCCUGAUGAGCCAGUACCCCAGCCCAGCAUAGAGCCCGUCAUCUCAACUACCUCCUCGGUUGCAGUCAGCACUGUUACAAACUCGGGUACCACAGCACAGCCCAACUAUGUGUGCCAAGUGUGCCAGAAGACCUUCCAAUACCAGCGGAUGCUCAACAGACACCUGAAGUGCCACAACGACACCAAGAGACACCUGUGCACGUUCUGUGGGAAGGGAUUCAAUGAUACCUUCGAUCUCAAGAGACACGUCCGAACUCACACAGGUGUUCGGCCGUACAAGUGUAACCUGUGCGAGAAGGCCUUCACUCAGCGCUGCUCGCUGGAGUCGCACAUGAAGAAGAUCCACGGCGUCACCCAGCAGUACGCCUAUAAGGAGCGCCGUAGCAAGCUGUACGUGUGCGAGGAGUGUGGCCACACCGCCCCCUCACAAGAUGCCCUGAUCACCCACCUGCACACGCAGCAUCCCAACAGCACGUUCCUCCGCAACAAGGUGGCACGGAGGAUGGCCAGUUCCGCAGGACGCUCCACAGACUCCCCCAUGGCUGAAGAGACGUCCCUACCCGGGUCUCCGAUGUCCGUCCACAGUGAUGACACUACAGGGUCAGGCGACUGCUAGUCAGUUGUCAUUUUUCUUCAAGGAAAGACGAGAUAAAGGGCUUAACAUACUGUAAAAAAGUCACGCGUGAAAUCAACUUAAAAAGAAAAAGGAGGCUGUGGGCAUAUCCUUUGUUGUAGCUUUCUGUAUUGGGAUAACUUUCAUAAUUUUGUCAUGAGCAAUGUCACUGAAUGUCAUGAAGAAAGUGAAACCAAUUUCAGAAAAAGACUUAUUUUCUUUUAAACGUGAAUCUACGUUUUACUUUUUGAAGUGUAAGUGGAUUGUAGGAGAUCAGUCCUUAUGUAGGCUAAAUGAAGGAGUUGGGUAGGAGAGAAAGAGUAAAAUGAAAGCUUUUCGUUUGUUUUGAUGGACAAACAAUCGACUGCUACUUUACAUAAUGAUCAUGCAAAUGUUGAGAUGCCAGUUUCUUAGAGAUCUGUUCGGGAUAGUGCUUGAUUGUGCUUCUGUGUGCUGCCCUUAGAACCCAGGGUGGAAUAAACAGAAAUGACUAUCUCUUCUAACCUAAUAGUUUCUCUGCACCUGACGUAAAGCCACAUAAAAUAGGUUAAGUCCAACUAUCAAAUUACAUUUUGUUACAGCGAUACACUGUAUAUACAUAUAUUUUUACGUUUUUUGCUAAGGGGGUUGUGUUUAAAGUGUGUUUCUGGUAUGGCCACGGGGAAUGUAAUUUACAAAUCUGUCUUUGAUGUUCAAAAUGGAUUUUCUCAUCAUCUAAUAUAUUCAGAGGUAAACUAUAUUGUAUAAAGAGAGCUUUAUAUUUAUCUUUAUAUAUUUGUACAUUUUUUUCCUGAUUUGUAUUGUGCUAGUAAGACCUGUUUAUGAUCGCCUUGCCCUCCCAUUUUGACACUAACCACUUUCUAAAACUUCAUAUGAUGCCCUUAAUGGGCAAAUGUUAUGGGUUACUGCCACAACUGUUCCCAUUAAUUUGAAUUCCUAAAGAAUGUAUGCCAGUGAACGAAAGUGCAGCUUGUUUACGCGUCUUCGCCAAAAUAUGAGGUUGUCAGAAUCACUGUAUUUUUUUGUAUUAUUAAUAAUGUCAUUAAACAGAUUA